AUGUCUCACGAGGGUACCGGCGUUGUCGUUGCAGUAGGGAGUCAAGUGUCAGGUUUCAAGGUUGGCGACCGCGUCAUGACAGGCAUCAAGCUACACGCCUGUGGGAGAUGCAUCAACUGCAACCCGCCCAACGGCGAAGACUGGAACCAGUACUGCUUUCAGUCAGAAGGUGCCGCCGGAAUCAUGUCUGAUGGUGCAUUUGCGGAGUUCCACGUGGCUGACUCGAAGGAGAGCAGUCACAUUCCGGACUCGGUGCCGUUCACCACUGCAGCACCACUAGCAUGCGCUGGAGUUACUGUUUACCGUGCGGUCCUCACCAGCGAAGUCAAGGAAGCAGGCGUACUUGCCAUCGUUGGCGCUGGAGGCGGGCUGGGGCAUAUGGGCAUUCAAUUUGCAAAAGCACGAGGAAUACGGGUGAUUGCCAUUGACGCACGAGAUGAAGGCCUAGAAAUCUGUCGAAAGUUUGGUGCCGAGCAUGUGCUUGACGCGCGGGAGGGCAAAGCCGAGAUUGUCCAAAAGGUACAAGCCCUCACGAACGGCCAGGGUGUCGAGGCAGUUGUCAACGUCUCGGAUCAUCCUACCUCAGCAGCGCUCUCAGCCGCAAUAACCCGCACCCAUGGUACUGUGAUUCAAGCAGCUCAGCCUGUCGAAGUCUGCGUGCCUUUCCAAGAUAUUGUGCUGCGAGACGUCACCAUCAAAGGGACCAUGUUCGGUGGCAGGAAGCUUAGCCAGGAGAUGCUGCAGGUCGUGGCCAAACAUAAUAUCAGGGCAGAAACACAGAUUUUCUACGGUUUGCAGGAAGUCCCGAAGAUGGUUGAGUUGGCCAGAGCAGGCAACCUGAAGGGCAAGGCGGUUUGUGUGGUCGAUAUCAGUCUGACGUGA